AUGGUGGGAUUGAACUGGGACAACAAAGGCGUGGCGGUAGACGGAAAGAAAUUGUCAAACCUACGUUUCGCGGAUGACAUAGUCCUUAUAAGCAACAAUAGCAGAGAGAUGAAUUCACUUCUGAACGAACUCUGUGAAGCUGGAAAAGCUAUUGGACUAUCGAUGAACAUGAGAAAAACGCAGACGAUGAGGAAUCAGUGGUGCGACGAUGGUGAAGUAUACCUUGAAGGCGUAGCUGUAGAAAACGUCAAAUCAUAUAUCUAUCUCGGUCGCGAGAUUAACAUGCAAAAUGAUUUGCAAUAUGAAAUUGACCGCCGGAAAAGAGCAGCGUGGGCAGCCAUGGCAAGAAUUCGAGAAGUGACGAACGAGAUUCAAGACCCUCUAGUACGUGCCAAUCUUUUCGAUGCUUCCGUGCUCCCUGCUCUAUGCUACGCCACUGAAACAUGGGCAACGAACAAAGGUGUUGACAAAUCGCUAAGAACCGUUCAUCGGGCUUUGGAAAGAUCGCUGAACCCGCAGACCACACAGACUACGAAGCGUUUCGGUUACACACCCAGAGCGAAUGCGUAG